AUGAUAUUAACUGUGUUUUUGAGCAACAAUGAACAGAUCUUGACAGAAGUUCCAAUCACACCAGAAACAACCUGUCGCGAUGUAGUAGAGUUCUGCAAAGAGCCCGGAGAAGGAAGCUGCCAUCUGGCUGAAGUAUGGCGUGGAAAUGAGCGUCCCAUACCCUUUGAUCACAUGAUGUAUGACCACCUACAGAAAUGGGGUCCCCGCAGGGAAGAGGUGAAAUUUUUUCUUCGUCAUGAGGAGUCACCAGUCGAAAGUAAUGAACAGAGUGGACGUCAAGCCCAAAAUCAAAGAAAUGGCAUAAAUAUACCUGUGGAGAAACGUACAGAGAAUGGGGUUGGGAAUCCACGUGUUGAGCUCACUCUUUCUGAACUUCAAGAUAUGGCUGCCCGACAACAGCAGCAGAUUGAAAACCAACAGCAAAUGUUGGUUGCUAAGGAACAACGUUUGCGUUAUCUGAAGCAGCAAGAACGUCGUCAGCAGCAGUCUGUUUCUGAGAGUGAAAAGCUUCAAAAACUUAAAGAACGUGUUGAAACCCAGGAGACAAAGCUGAAAAAAAUCCGUGCCAUGAGAGGACAAGUGGACUACAGCAAGAUCAUGAAUGGCAAUCUAUCAACUGAAAUUGAGCAUAUAAGUGCAAUGUUCCAGGAAAAGCAGCAGGAGCUACAGGCUGCAGUGUUAAAAGUGGAUCAACUUACUCAGCAGCUGGAGGAUUUAAGGAAAGGGAAACUGAAUGGGUUUCAGUCUUACAAUGGACAAAUGACAGGACCUGCAGCAGUAGAAUUAAAAAAGUUGUAUCAAGAGCUACAGAUUCGUAACAGGCUUAACCAGGAGCAGAACUCCAAGCUUCAGCAGCAGAAAGAACUCUUAAACAAACGUAAUAUGGAGGUGGCUAUGAUGGACAAGCGAAUCAAUGAGCUGCGUGAACGACUAUACAAGAAAAAAGUUGAGUUGAAUCGUAUUAAUGGAACUUCAUCACCCCAGUCAUCCUUGAGUGCUUCAGGAAGGGUAGCAGCAGUCGGACCUUACAUCCAAGUUCCAAGUGCUGGCACUUACGCUGUACCAGUAGAUCCAGUUAAACCACAGUCUCUCACCAUUGCUUCUAGCUCAACACAUGGAAGAUCAAAAUCUGCUAAUGAUGGAAAUUGGCCAAUACUUAAACAGAGCUCAACCCCUGUGGUAAAACCCCCUCAGAUCUCCAACACAGACUGGAAAGAAUCAAGCAUGGAUACUGCUUUAAAACAAGGAACUAUAUCCAGCCAGCCUUUGCCAACUUCAGUAUUAGGAAGUACUGAUAAGCUGGGUCUUGACCUGGGGAAGGUACCACCAACAAUUCCUGGUGUAAGCAAGCAGUUGCCUCAAAACUACGGGACCUAUCCAAGUCCAAUUCCCUUAGGAACAGGUUCUACAAAUUCUCUAGAAAGAAGGAAGGAUGGCAGUCUGCCCAGACCUGGCACAAGUAUAACAAAUCGGCAAAGACCUGUUCCACUUCCGCCACCAAGCAAUGUACAUCAGCCCAGUUCUUCACAACAGAUUCAACAGAGAAUUUCUGUACCUCCCAGCCCUACGUAUCAACCGUCUGGUCCCCCCUUGUUUCCCGGAGGAGAUGGCAGGCCAGAGCUCCCUUUGACUGUGGCAAUCAGACCUUUUCUGGCUGAUAAAGGAUCACGACCUCAGUCUCCCAGAAAAGGGCCACAGACAGUGAACUCUAGUUCCAUCUAUUCAAUGUAUCUUCAGCAAGCAACACCACCAAAGAAUUAUCAACAAGCUGUAUACAAUACCUUAAAUAAGUCGGUAAAAGCAGUUUAUGGAAAACCUGUAUUACAAUCUGGUUCAACUUCUCCCUCACCCUUGCCAUUCCUUCAUGGUUCUUUGCCUGCCCAGACUUCCUCACAGCCACAAUCUCAGCCUCAGACUGAGGUCUCUGAAAAAGAUCAAGAGCUGGAAAAUGCUCCAUCAUCCAGUGAAAAUAGCAAUGUGGAAAACAUUCCUCGUCCUCUCAGUCCUACUAAGCUCACACCUAUUGUGCAUUCACCCCUACGAUAUCAAAGUGAUGCUGACCUUGAAGCUCUGAGAAGAAAAUUGGCCAAUGCUCCUAGGCCAUUAAAGAAGCGUAGUUCUAUCACUGAACCAGAAGGCCCAAGUGGACCAAAUAUACAAAAAUUAUUGUAUCAGCGCUUUAAUACUCUUGCUGGAGGAAUAGAGAGUGCUCCUUUUUAUCAGCCAAGCAAUCCACAGGACUUCAUAGGCAUCCUAGCAGAUGUUGAUAACGGAAACACUAGUACCAAUGGCAAUAUUGAAGAACCUAUUUCCGUGCAACCUACAGUUCCUCUUCCUGAUGAGCCACCCCCUUCGUCAGAUGCCAAUGACAAUGAAUUACCUUCUCCUGCUACUGAGGAACUGAUAAGCACUGAAACCACAAAUCAAACAUCUGAGACAACUGAAGAUAACAACAACAAUCCUGCUAUAGUUCCUUCUACUGAACAGUCACCCAGUCCCACGCCUGAGGUCAGUUCUCCAGUAGAAGAUGAAGCUCCUUUGCCACCUGCUCUUCCUCCUCCGCUUCCUCCAACAAAACGUACCAACUUGAAGAAACCUAACUCAGAAAGAACAGGCCACGGUUUGAGAGUGAAGUUCAAUCCAUUGGCCCUCCUCCUAGAUGCCUCCUUGGAGGGAGAAUUUGAUCUUGUACAACGAAUCAUAUAUGAGGUUGAUGAUCCCAGUAAACCAAAUGAUGAAGGAAUUACACCUCUGCAUAAUGCAGUGUGUGCCGGUCAUCACCACAUUGUGAAGUUCCUGCUUGAUUUUGGCGUAAAUGUAAAUGCAGCAGAUAGCGAUGGGUGGACACCCUUGCAUUGUGCUGCUUCUUGCAAUAGUGUUCAUCUCUGUAAACUACUGGUUGAAUCUGGGGCAGCUAUUUUUGCUUCAACUAUAAGUGAUAUAGAAACUGCUGCAGACAAGUGUGAAGAGAUGGAAGAAGGUUAUAUUCAGUGUUCCCAGUUCUUGUAUGGAGUGCAAGAGAAGCUGGGAGUGAUGAAUAAAGGAGUGGUGUACGCUCUGUGGGAUUACGAAGCGCAGAAUAAUGAUGAGUUGUCGUUCCAUGAGGGCGAUGCCAUCACUAUUCUAAGACGCAAGGAUGACAACGAAACAGAGUGGUGGUGGGCCCGCCUCAAUGAUAAAGAAGGCUACGUGCCUAAAAAUCUUCUUGGGUUAUAUCCACGAAUAAAACCUAGACAGCGAACCCUUGCUUGAAUUCAAUUGUACAACAGUGCAAUACCGUGCUGGUAACUGGAAACCUAAAACAUACACUGGAGCCAUCAUUUCUGAUCAUUUCACACAGAGAAAUAAAACUAUGAUAUUUAGUUUUAAUGGUGCUUUCUCUUGUUAAAUGGACAGCAUCCAAGAUUUUCAAGAUCUGCAGUUUGUAAAUGAGGAUCGUUUUUAUGUGACCCGCCACUGAUGAGGAGAGCGAUACCUCCACUACCUACAGUGUUGCGCCAACUAUCGUCUGAAGCAGUGUUUUAAGUUCUGUGGUAGGAGCUUUCUUGUGUUAUAUGUUCAGAGGUGUCAUUUGCGGAGUGCAGAUAUGCUGUCCAGUUUGCUCCAACCCCACAGUAACUGUCCCAUGUCAGGAUUUUGGAUAUUUUGUUCGAUACCAGUGAAUGUUGAGUUCUCAUUACUGAUCAACUCUUUGGGUUCUAGGACACAAGAUCUUCACCUAUUACAUGCAUAAUUAAGUAGUCACCAAAGCUUUAUGAAGGCUAGGAUUUUAAGUGGUAACAUGCUAUAUACACACUUAAAUCCUAGUCUAGACAACCCCAACAAAAGCUUUACAUAGUCUAGCAUCUAGUAUUAUUUGCGUUUAGAAUCGAGUUAGAGAACUAACGAAACAACAGUAUUUAUACACUUCUCAAAACCCCUAUACUGUAUUUCACCUGGUGUUUUAUUUUCUUAUUAUUCAGCUUACAGCACCAGUGUUACCUCUACUCAUGUAAAGAUUCCCCUCCUAACCACCUGAGCUCGUCCAUUCUGGACAAAACAGUACUGAACUUGCAGCAGCUUAAGGGAUUUGUAUGUCUGCAUGGAUGAAAGUGCAAUAGUUGAAAAGGGUAAGAGUCUGGUGAGGGUUACACUGUGUAAUUUGAAGUCUGCUUGAGUCAAUUUAGAAGAAACUAUGAAGGACUGGAUAGAAGUAGGAAGAGGGUUGUGUAGAUGCUAAGUCAAGGAGAAGAAAGUAACAAGGUUUGAGGAGGAUUUAAGAAAGGCAAUAGCUUAUUUGAGGACAGUUUCUGUGGUUCUUGGCAGCCUACAUCUGUUGCCAAGGCAAGUUAUGCAAUAACCUAUUCCACUACAUUGUAGUUUCAAGCAAAAAAAAAAAAAAAAAAAAGCACUUCACUGGAGUUUUAAUUGUACAUGAUUUUAUAUACCAAAAGUAUAUUUUGAAUUUCCCAUUAUAAGUUUUAGCUGUAUUUCUUGUAAUUUUCUCCCAUUUAACAGUAUGCAAUUUGAUUAAUUCUUCAUGUACAAGUUCUGUGUAUAAUUUAUAUAUCCAUUUCUGCAGUGCUGUAACUUGCUUUUACCACAGGUUAGCAUUAACUGUAUAUAUUGUGGUGAAAAGUGAAAGGGUAUUAUUGUUGAAGAAUUUGCUACAUGAAUGUGAUGAUUUCAAGAGCCUAGGAUACACUAAUUCAGAGAACAUGUAAAUGUGCACAAUAAAGUACUGCUAAGGCA